CAAUUGGAUGAUGGUGAUGAGAAGGAGGAAGAUAAGGAUGAAGACAGAGAUAAUGAAAGGAAUGAUACCUGUGUUGGCCACAGUAGGGAUGAUCUUGCUGAAAAUGUGAAAACCAUCUUGAAUAUAAUACAUAACCCAGGGCGCAGACUAUCUGAAAUUAAAUACAAGCUUGAGCAGUGCAAUAUCACACCAUCAUCUGAGUUGGUUACGGAGAUCCUUUCAAUAAUUCACAAUGAUUGGGAAGCAGCUUUCACCCUUUUCUUGUGGGCUGGCAAGCAGCCAGGUUAUGCUCGUUCAGUUCGUGAGUACCAUUCUAUGAUAUCUAUCCUUGGCAAAAUGAGAAAGUUUGAUAUUGCUUGGGCAUUGAUAGAGGAGACAAGAAGUGGUAAAUCGGGCCCAUCUCUUGUCACUCCUCAAACUCUCCUGAUUAUGAUUAGACAAUACUGUGCUGUGCAUGAUAUUGGGAUGGCUAUAAAUACAUUUUGUGCUUAUAAACGAUUUAACUUUCAAGUCGGACUAGAGGAAUUUCUUAGCCUUCUUUCUGCCCUCUGCGAAUACAAGAAUGUGCUAGAUGCUGAGCACCUAUUCUUCCACCUUAAUGUAUUUCCAUUUACUACCAAAAGCUUUAAUAUUAUCCUUGAUGGAUGGUGUAAUGUGAUUGUUAGCACUUUUCAUGCGCAGAGAAUUUGGCAGGAGAUGAGUAGGAGAGGAAUCAAAUAUGAUGCUGUCUCGUAUGCCUGUAUCAUAUCUUGCUAUUCAAAAGCUUCUAAACUUAGUAAGGUUCUCAAACUGUUUGACCAUAUGAAGCAAAUGAAGAUUACUCCAAAUAUGAAGGUUUAUAAUUCAGUCAUUUUUGCUCUCGCUAAGGGUAAGUUGGUGAAAGAAGCUGUCAACCUUAUGAGAACUAUGGAAGAUGAUGGAAUUGCUCCAACUGUCACCGCAUACAGUUCAUUGAUCAAGGCUCUUUGCAAAGCUUGCUUAAUUGAAGACGCGAAAGUAAUUUUAGAUGAGAUGGUCGGAAGGGGCCUGUCACCUACAAUUCAGACUUAUCAUGCUUUGUUCCGUAUUUUAAGGACCAAAGAGGAGGUAAUUAAGCUUUGGAUCAACAUGAGAGAGGUGGGUUGUGACCCAACCACUGAGACUUACAUAAUGUUGAUAAGGAGGUUUUGCCAAUGGCGCCAGCUUUAUGUCGCCUUUAAGUUGUGGAGUGAGAUGAGGGAACAUGGUUUCAACCCUGAUCGUAGCUCUUAUACUGCACUGAUUCACGGCUUGUUUUUUAAUGGAAAAAUGGAGCAUGCCUACAAAUAUUAUUUAGAGAUGAUGGAGAAAGGCUUCCUGCCAGAGCCUAAAGUCGAGAAAAUGAUUCAGGCAUGGUUGUCUAGGAGACAGCGAUCAGAAGACCUGAUGACUGUUCUAUUGCGCUCUCGUCUAGGGCAUGAUACUUUGAGAUAGAAACCCAAGGUUACACCCCAUGAAUUUGAUCCAGAAAAAUGUCUUUCACCAAGUUGGGACCAGAAGAGUAACAGGAGGCAGGUUUCUCUUCUUGGGAGCGGUCGAUUAUUGUGUUAUGGAAAGUCCUAGAGCCAGAGGUGCAUUUUUUCUCUGUAGGGAUUACGCUUCACGGUGAGCAACCUUAUUAAGUUGAUUUUAAUAUUUUAUAGUGCAGUCUCCAACAGGUGCUUACCAUAAGAGAUCAAAUGCCAAUGCUAUUCUUAGAUGACCGAGGUUGUAAUACAAAUUGGUUAACUAUUGGAUGAAAUCCAAACUAAUAAAAAAAAUUUCUGUUCCAUCAUUGACCUUGGGGAAUGUUCUAGUACUAAAGGUGAAGUAACUCGAGUAUCUGUUUUGGUUUCUGGGAACGGAAACGGUCAGAAACUGGUUCAAAAGCUCCAUUCUCUAUUUUGAUCUUCGCUUUUAACAGACAUAUCAAAGUAUGUAUUUUAUUAUAUUUGCUUGUA